GCUUGCUUACAAACAAAAACACGUACAAUCUGCUGUAUAUAUAUGAAAACAAAUACUAGCAUCAACAGCAAAAAGGGUGAAUAAGAAGCGGGCGGUCGAAUACAAGUGCAAUCGACAAGGAAACGGUGGUUGCUUCUUUCUACAAUAAAUAGCGUUCAGUUAGUGAGAUUGCUAAAACUGCGACUUGUGUACAAGCCCAGUAUCUUCUGUGUUCCACCGUAGUAAAGUUCCACCCUAGUUCAAUAGGAGAAAAUGUUCACGAACAGUGUAGUUUUACCGGAGAAGUUGGAAUUACCUUCGGAAACGGCAGCCUUCUGUCGGCUUUGUUUGGCUAAAGACAAUCUGUUGGCGUUGGGAUCGGCUGGGAAGGUCAAUACUACUGCGGAUGACGUUGCCGGAAAUAGUACCACCCAGCUGAUUCAGUUGAUCUAUGAAUGUACUAAUGUUAAGCUCUCACUCACGGACGAACCGGGUUGCACCAUUUGUGAGUGUUGCCAAAGAGCGCUGGUUGAAUUCUACCGGUUUCGAUCGCAGGCGAAGCGCGUCGAUGAGCUUAUCAAAUCAAAACUGGGCGAACCGGAUGUCAACGAAACCUACAAGACUGAGCAACGGGAACAAGUAUACCAGUCCCAGCUAAACGGAAAGCAAACUUUGAACGAUGUACGAAACGACAACCCAACUAGUCACAAUGUAGAACCGACCGUUGAAUCCAAGCGAAUAAAUUUGCUUGGUAAUGCCAUUAAGCGGUCGCGACCGAAAAUUUUCAAACCAUUCCUGAACGGUAGUGGAAGUGGCAAGUACAAAUGUCGUUACUGUCCAAAAUCGUUCAAAACGAUCAGUGGGCUGGCGGAGCAUGCCCGGGUUCACAACCGACCUCACCAGUGCCCCAAUUGUCGGGAGCAGUUCCAGCAUGCGCCAUCGCUGGCGAGGCACGUGCGGAACCGGACCUGCUUCACGUUCACCAAGUACCGCUGUCGUGUCUGUGCGGAAAGCUUCCUGGAACAGGUUGACUGGUUGGAGCAUAUCAAGAUCCACGCGGAGGACUUUCCGUACCAGUGCCAGGAGUGUCUGUCGCAGUUCAAGCAUAAAGCCACCCUGCGGCGUCACGUCAAUACCGUCCAUCUGCUGCAGUAUUAAGCCAAAUUCACACCUUUUCGAUCGGAUUCAGUGACGGUUCAGUACCAGUGCACGGAGACCAAUAUUGCACGGUACGCAAUCGCCACUGAAACGGAUCGGAUAGGUGUAAGUAUUGCUUUAGAUUGUGUUCGGCUGAAGUCAAGAGUAAAAUUUAGGAAGUAGCCACCCAUAUUGUAUCUCAUGGUAUUUUGUAACUAGAUUUAGUUGAAAGAGUUUGCAAUGCUUAAACAAUUUUAUGUGAUUUAUUUUAUCCAAUAGAUAUGCAAUGAAGAAUGCAAUGUUUUAA